UUCUUGAACCCCGGAGUGUGAUUUUUCUUAUUUUUUCCGACUUGGAACUACGUCCUGCGGUGCGCGUCGGUGUCUGCGGCUGUCACCGGAGCGCGCAGGCUCCACUUUUGGACACCGGAUUUUUUUUUCUUUUCUUCCUUUUCAAUCUGUUUUCGGCGUUUGGAUUAAUAUUAUUUGAUCUCUCCGUGAAAUGGCAAGUUGCUCCCUGACGGACGUGGGGAUCCGGUUCUGAAGCUCGCAGGAUGCUGUGGACCCUACAGAAACCAUCCCCGUUCCUCUUACUUUGAGACUAAUUUUCCAGUUUUCCUUUUUCCUACUUCAAGACUCCGGGCGGGUUUCUGCUUUGAUCCUCUUUUUACGCAAUGUCUGCGCUGCUGAAUCCGAGGAUGUACACUGGAUUUCUAUUGUUCCUUUUCGCACAACUCGUGGAUCCGUUGACUCAGACCGAUAAAUGUGGAGGGAGCAUAGAGAUCCACAGCGCGGACUACCUGACGUCUCCGGGGUACCCCAGUGCCUACUCUCCGUCCCAGCUGUGCGUGUGGGUGAUAACAGCCCCAGAACCGGGUCAGAAGAUCCUCAUUAACUUCAACCCUCAUUUUGAUCUGGAGGACAGAGACUGCAAGUACGACUAUGUGGAGGUUUACAACGGCGGUGACGAACUUUCACCCAUGUUGGGGAAGUUUUGUGGGAAGAUCGCACCGUCGCCGAUCAUCUCCAGCGGCGGUCAGCUGCUCAUCAAAUUCGUGUCAGACUACGAGACCCACGGAGCUGGAUUCUCUGUCCGCUACGAGGUCUUCAAGACAGGUCCAGAAUGUUCCAGGAACUUCACGGCUCCCAGGGGCAUCAUAAAGACACCGGGCUUCCCUGAAAAAUACCCCAACAACUUGGAUUGCACCUUCAUGAUCUUUGCCCCCAAGAUGUCAGAGAUCGUGGUGGAGUUUGACAGCUUCAGCAUGGAACCCGACACCUCGCCACCGCCAGGCGCGCUCUGCCGAUACGACUGGCUGGAGAUUUGGGACGGCUUCCCUGCAGUGGGUCCCCAUAUUGGCAGGUACUGUGGCCAGACCUCCCCGGGCCGUGUGAUCUCCUACACCGGAAUCCUGUCCAUGACCAUCACCACAGACAGCGCCAUUGCCAAAGAGGGAUUCUCCGCCAACUACACCAUCCACGACAGGAGGCUGCCCGCAGGACUCCCAGACGAAGAUUUUGAAUGCAUGGAGCCGCUGGGCAUGGAGUCGGGGAAAAUCACCUCGGAACAGAUCAGCGCUUCUUCCCAGUACAACAAAGACUGGUCUCCUGAACGUUCACGCCUCAACUUCCAGGAGAACGGCUGGACCCCCUCAGACGACUCGGUCAGGGAGUGGAUACAGGUGGAUUUGGGAUUUCUCAGAUUCAUCACCGCCAUCGGCACACAGGGAGCGAUCUCAAAGGAGACCAAGAAGCACUACUAUGUUCUCAACUACAAAGUGGACCUGAGCUCCAAUGGAGAGGACUGGGUCACAGUCAAAGAGGGCUCCAAGCAAAAGAUCUUCCAGGGGAACCGCAAUCCAACAGAUGAGGUUCGCUCCUUCCUUCCAAAACAGACUCUGACGCGUUACAUCCGAAUCCGCCCCAUGUCCUGGGAGCAAGGCAUCUGCAUGCGCUUUGAAAUCUACGGCUGCCGAACCUCCGACUACCCCUGUUCGGUCAUGUUGGGGAUGGUGUCGGGGCAGAUUUCCGAUGCCCAGAUCAGCGCCUCUUCCUACGCUGACCGGGGCUGGGUGGCUGAGAACGCCCGCCUGCUGACAGGCAGAUCGGGCUGGACUCAGCAGCAAACCAAGCAGCCGUUUAGAAACGAGUGGCUGCAGGUGGACCUUGGCCAGGACAAGCUGGUAAGCGGCGUGGUGAUCCAAGGAGGAAAACAUCGUGACAGAAACGUCUUCAUGAAGCGCUUUAAAGUCAGCUACAGCCCAGAUGGAGAGCAGUGGACCGUGAUCAAGGAGGAGAACGGCACCAAACCGAAGCUGUUCAUCGGUAACCAGAACCAUGAUACUCCAGAGCUGAGGUCCAUCGGCCCCUUGCUGACCCGCUUCAUCAGGAUCUACCCAGAGAGAGCCACCAACGAGGGCCUGGGCCUCCGACUGGAGCUCCUAGGCUGCGAAGUGGAAGAGCUCACGACUCUGCCGCCACCCACCACACCAGCCGCCUCCACACUUCCCAUGACUACGUUUGGCGCAACCAUCACAGCGCCCAUCACCGUCCCCGGUACAACUAUUGUUACCAAUACAGAGGUACUGGAGGACUACGACACCUUUACAGGAAGCCUGAUGGUGGCCGAGCCCACGCUGGACUUCAUACCAGAGUACCUGUGGUUUGCCUGCAACUUUGACUUCUCAUCAUUCUGUGGUUGGACCAGAGAGGGCGCUGCAGGCGCACAGUGGCUCAUCCAGACCAACGGAGCAGCCGCUGUCCACAGAGGCCCAACGCUGGACCACACAGGCGGGCCAGGGAACUUCAUCUACAUGCAGCUCAGUGAAACAGAACCACUCAGCAAAACCCACGAAGAGGAUGGUGACCACGAGAAGGUGGCGAGGCUGGUCAGCCCGUCCAUCACCGCCCCGGACGCUGACCUGUGCAUGUCCUUCUGGUAUCACAUGUUCGGCGAACACGCGGGGGCGCUGCACAUCAAGCAGAGGAAGGAGGCGGAGGCCGGUCAGAUCCUGUGGACGGUCAGCGGUCAUCAGGGCAGCCGCUGGCGGGAAGGCCGCGUGCUACUGCCGCACUCCAGUGCCUCCUACCAGGUGGUCGUGGACGGAAUCGCAGACAGACGCAGCUCCGGUCACAUAGCCGUGGACAACAUUCAGAUUAUGGACGGACUCAGCGCUGAGGAGUGCAAAGAUCCAGAGGCUCCUUCAUCUCCGUCAACUGAAAUCUUCAUCCUCCCCAUGGACCCUCAGGAAACCAGUGAGCUCGGCGGACCGGGCAACAUGCUGAAGACCCUGGACCCCAUCCUCAUCACCAUCAUCGCCAUGUCCGCCCUGGGUGUGUUCUUGGGCGCCAUCUGUGGCGUGGUGCUGUACUGCGCCUGCUCACAGGGCAGCAUGACAGACAGAAACUUAUCUGCUCUGGAAAACUAUAACUUUGAGCUGGUGGAUGGCGUGAAGCUAAAGAAAGACAAAAUGAAUGGACAGACUAACUAUUCAGAGGCGUGAGGGGACAAGACGGGCGGAGCUGUGACGCUUCCUGAGGACAUGUGAUGCAGCCAUUCAGCGUGAAGGAAGCAGGGCUGAAGCCACCAAGUGGACAGUAGGGUGGGCUGAACGUGAGCCGAUGUAAUGUUUUUAUUUCUCAGGAGUGGAGGUGGAACGGACUGACCUGUAGGGGGCACUGUGUAUAAAGAGUCUGUACAGCAAAAAAAGAAAAGAAAAAGAAAAAAAUAAAAUUUAAGGAUUCUAUUUGUUUUUGGAUGUGAUCUGUUGAUUUCAUGUACUCACAUGCUGGUGUUGAGACCAAUUCUGAUGAAAGUAUCGUUUGUGUAAUUUUCUGGAAAGAUAAGGUUUAAUUUUGGGGCUUUGUUAGCGUCUUAAUUUUUAUUUUUUGUUUUGUUUGUUGUUUUUUUUCAGAUGUCACUUACAGAAGAAGAUAUUUCCUGAUAUCGGGCUCUCUAGCUCGCCACGAUGUGUUGUUAUGAGCGUGUGUGUGUGUGUGCGUGUGUGUCAGAUUCAUGUACAUCUGCAUACACUCUGUGAUGUGUACGUGUCACGAUUUCUGAACGAGCGUGUGUGUGUCUAGCUCCAACGGUGCCUUUUUUCUCCUCCGGUUUUUCUGUUGCCCUCUUCUUUUCCGCUGGUUUUGUUCAUCAUCGGCUGAGCGUCCCUCCAGGGUUCCUACACAAAGAUUUGCGUAAACUUUGAUUUCCUGCAGGUUGCAAUUCUGCUUUGAUUUCUACUAUUUAUUACUGAUGUAGCUGCCCCCUGACUCAUGACCCCUACUCAUUUGGCCAUUCAAUGUUUUGUCAUUACCCGUAAUGCAAUGUGGCACUGUACUAGUGAGUGUGCGCGCCAUACAUCGUUUACGCUUGUCUGUUUCUCUAUGUGGAUUCACGUUUUGAAGGUUAAUAUUCCGAGAUCUUUCAGGAAUACAGCUGUCCUAAGAUGGCCGAAGCUUUGGGGACUGACAACAAAGCAAGCUGCGGUCGUCGCUAAUUUUUGUUCGGUGUAUUUUGCUCAAAUACUCAACAAAAUAAAUAAAUAAAUAACUGAGUAAAGAAAUCAGCUCCAAAUCAGAAUUCUACCAGUGAUUUUGGGUGCCUGCACCAUUGCAUUAUGGGUAAAACGCUAAAUUAAGGCUGCGGUCACUGCAGAUGAACAACGAAGAUUAUAGCCGAGGGCUUUCACAUGAUGAACGACCACCAACUGGGUCGAACCCCAAUAUUUCCAACACAUUCUCGCGCCAAUUCAUGAUGACAUCAUGACAAGUGGGUUAAUCUAUCAGUUUGCGAUACCACACGAAAUGUAGACGUGAGACGGGGGGCGUUAGGGUUAUGGUCAGGGUGUGACUGCCAGAUUAAUCAGCCAUGGAUAAUCUUGUCACGAAAAUCUACUACACCUCGUAUUGCUAUCAGCGGGGGCGCUGAGACUGGGCUGAUAUUUCCCAGGUACAGGUCAUGUUAGCUUGAGGACCAUGUGCUGUUCUGGCACAUUGGGUCCAAUUACAGAACACCCCCCCACCCCACCACCACCACCCGAGCCCUGUUUUGAGUUUUAUACACGCUAGGGGCAGGUUUAAUGUUGUAGUGAAAUGCUAACAUCCACUGAAGACUUGUACUGUGUGGAGCGGGAUAACAGGGAUUCUAUCCCCUGAACCCUUUGGUUCAUUGGUUAGCCUCUCUACCCGCUGAGCUCAGCUUUUUGCUGAAACAAAACAUAACCCAGUAACAAAUAUAAUGUGCCCUAAUGAACAAAUACUAAUAAAAUUAUUUUCAUGCCAGCAUCAUGCUAACAAACAAGCUAGCUUGAGUUGAGCAGCAGUUGUAGCAGCUGGCUAGCUAGCUCACUAGCUAAUAAGUUAGUUACUUGGAAGGUAUAUUUUACAGUCAUGAUAACUGGAAGGUAAUCUGCAAAUCACUGUCAGGUUCUUUCUGGAAUCGGUUAAUUUUUUGGAGGAGUAUGAUCAUUUAAAAUUCCACACCAUUCACAGUUACUACGGAGAGCAAGAAAACCAUCAAAAUAAAGCUAACUAACUACUCAGUCUGCUUGUGACGUUUUUUGUGUCGUAUGGUGACAGUGUAAUUGCCUUUGUAUUCCAUUGCUUAUAUUUAAAAAGAGAAUUUUAAUGCAAAAAUAUAUAUGAAGGGCUUAACAGAUUUAUAUAUUCGGACACUGCAUGACAGAUAGUUUUUAACAUCUAUAAUCCUCCACCUGAGUAACAACAAGCUAACAGACUUAUUGCAUUUCUAUGUUCAGCUAAUAUUGUCAAUAUCACAAUUCUAUCAGUUUUUAUCAAAGAGCUCUUCUACAUGGGGAGGGUCCACUGGUCCUAACCUCUUUGUAUUAUUUGAUAGUCUAUAUGACAACUCCAAGCUGAUUCACAAACAAAUGUAAUGCUUUCAAAUAGCUAACAAACCAGAUCCAGUUUUGUACAAUUUACAAAAAUGAAACAUAUGAUUCUGUUGA